AGUGGACGCCUAACAUUCAUUUGCGGAAACUUUAGACAGCCAAUUGAAUUUGAAUUUUUAAAAGUAAAGAUAGUAACUAUAACGUAUACUUGAUACUAAUAUAUUAUUAUAGUAUCUUAAUUGUACAUUACAAAUUUCUUUUAAAUAUCACACGUCACUUGUGUAUUUCUUAGUUACCGAUCGACGAAUGUAAAUGAUAUAUCUAGGCACGUUUUUCCACGUGGUUUUAAGUGACACUUAGAAACAAUGGAUAAUUUAAAUAGAAACAAAAUGCAGCACGAAGAAGUUGAAAUUCUAUUAUUAACAAAUUUUAUUCACAAGCAAGACUAUGAACUGCCAUUGCAUGUAAAAAAUGUAAUGAACGGCCGAUAUGCUCAUGUCGUAAAUAAUACAUUAGAUUCAAAUUUUAUUGAGUUAUGCAGUAUUAACAAUAUCUCCGAAUUAAUACAUAAUGGUAUAGAAAAAGAAAUAAUCUCACAUGAUUACUGGCUUUGUAUGGGUAUAGCUUCUUUAUUAUAUUUUGUCCAAUAUAAUUGGACAGGCCCGCAAACCGAUGAAGAUAUUAAGUGGUUAAAAAGUCAAGAACAAAAUGCUCUAGAACAUUUAUCUUUACAUGAUGAAUGUAACACAAAUAUGAAAAAGCCAGAGCUUCUUUACUUUUCGAAGAUAAUAUUUUCCAAUGAAAUUUUACAAAAUUCUUGUAUAAGUUGUACAUGGUGGUUAUUAAGAACAAACCUUUUACAUCAACUUGUUUUAAAUGAAAGCUCUGGCAUGAUAUUUGAUGAGAUGGAACAAUUAAUUGAAAAAAUCAAUGAAUCAUUUUUAUUAGAGAAUCAAUACUGCAAAGCACUGUUUUAUAUAGAAGUAGCACAAUUUUACUUUUAUUAUAAACGAACUCAGAAUUCUGAAAAGUAUGUUGAACUAGCUCAAAAGACAGCAAAAUUGGAUUUAAAUCUGGAGGGUGUCUUAGGGAAACGCACAAAACAUCAACAAGAAGAUAAAGCUCAAUUGCAUUUAAGAAUAGAUGCAGGAACGAAUCAAUUUCCUUCCAGAUGUUGCGAGAAUUUACCAAAGUCUCUUGACUUGAAUGAUGACGUUAGACUAGAACGCACUGAAUUUUCAGAAAAUGUAGAAGGUACUGAAUUUGGAACAAUAGAAGAAGCAAUCAUUUUAGCAAAACAUAUUCAAUUGCAGUUGUCACAGCCAAAGGACAAGUUAACUGAUGAAGAGAUUAAACCUUAUCUAACAGCUAUAAUAGAUCAUACAAAAAAUUGGUCUUUAAAAAUGAGUUCUCUCUUCCAUCGUUGUUCAUUGGAAUCUACUGAUAAGAGGGCUGUUGAACGAUCGAUGAUGCAAUUAGAAUACUUGAUACAAGAAUUAAAAAAUACAAUAGUUCCUGUUGCAUAUAGAAUGGAUAUGUUCUUUGCAAGUGGACUUAGACCUAUUUGGAUGUUUGAACAAACAUGGGCACAUAUCAUGAUGAAUCUUGGGAUGAUAAAAGGAGCUCUAGAUGUUUUCUUAAAGCUUGAAUUAUGGGAAGAAGUCAUUUCAUGUUACAAUAUGUUGGAAUUGAAGCAUAAAGCAGCAGAAGUUAUUCGUCAAGAAAUAUCUAAGAAACCCACAGUUCAAUUAUGGUGUUUGUUGGGUGAUGCAACUCAAGACACUAAUCAUUACGAAACAGCAUGGAAAUUAUCAAACGAAAAAAGUAGUCGCACUCAAAGACACUGGGGACUAUUUUAUUUUGCAAAAAAAGAUUACAUGGAGGCUAUACCACAUUUAAAAUUAUCAGUAGAAUUAAAUAACAUUCAAGAAAGUGUUUGGAUAAGGCUUGGAUUUGCAGCUUUACAAGUAGAAGAUUGGAAAUUAGCAGCCACAGCAUACAGGCGUUACUGUGCUUUAGAACAAUCAACAUUUGAGGCUUGGAACAACUUGGCAAAAGCUUACAUAAAAUUAGGCGAUAAAGGAAGAGCGUGGAAAUCUCUCCAGGAUGCUAUAAAAUGCAACUAUGACCGUUGGCAAGUUUGGGAUAAUCUAAUGGUCGUUAGUAUAGACUUAGGGCAUUUCUCAGAAGUAAUUCAUUGUUAUCACCGUAUUUUGGAUCUCAAAAAUAAUCAUUUAGAUAUUCAAGUCCUUGAUAUAUUAACUCGCGCUAUAUUGAAUAAUGUAAAUGACUUUGAUGGAAAUCCUGCGCAAAGAUUGCUUUCAAAAGCUUUAGAGUUGUUUGGAAGAAUUAGUUCUCUUUUACUCAAUAAUUCCCACAUCUGGAGAAUGUAUGGACAGCUUACAGCUCUUAAAAACACAGAUAUUGACAAUGAAAAAGCAGCACAGUACUUGCAGCAAGCUCAUCGUGCUGCUGUUUCAGAUACCACAUGGUUUAAACAAGAAGAAUCUACGGAGAAUAUGGCUUUCUCAGGAAAAGUUGUGUUAAUAACAGGAGCUAGCUCUGGUAUUGGAGCAGCAGCAGCUGUACAUUUCUCUCAGCUUGGAGCAUCACUGUUGUUAACAGGUCGUAAUUUAGAAAAUUUAAAUGCGGUUGCUGAAAAAUGCAAACCGAACAAACCACUUAUUGUAACUGGAGAAUUAACUAACGAAGUUGAUGUAAAAAAUAUUAUUGAAGCUACUAUUAAGCAUUACGGCAGAUUAGAUGUUUUGGUUAAUAAUGCUGGUGUAUUAGAAAGUGGAGGCAUAGAAAAUACAUCAUUAGAGCAAUACGAUAGGGUAUUCAAUAUAAAUGUACGAUCAAUAUACAAUUUAACAAUGUUAGCUGUUCCUCACAUAAUUAAAACUAAGGGUAAUAUUGUAAAUAUAUCAAGUGUUUGUGGGUUAAGAGGAUUCCCAGGUGUUUUAUCGUAUUGUAUGAGUAAAGCAGCAAUUGAUCAGUUCACAAAAUGUGUUGCCCUUGAACUUGCAGAUAAACAAGUACGAGUGAAUGCUGUAAAUCCUGGUGUUGUAGUAACAAAUCUUCAUAGAAGAAGUGGAAUGAAAGAGGAACAAUUAGAGACAUUUUUUGACCACAGUAAAGACACUCAUCCACUGGGUAGACCAGGAGAUGUUACAGAAGUUGCAAAAACAAUCGCAUUUCUAGCAAGUGAUGAUGCUAGUUUCAUUACAGGUGCAACUUUACCCGUAGAUGGUGGAAGACACGCCAUGUGUCCUCGUUAAUUUGCAUUCCAUCAAAAUGUAUUUUGAACAUAUUAAUUCUAAGAUCAACACACUUAUAAAAUUUCUAAGACACUAUAUUUUUACUAAGAAAAAUUGUUAUAUAUAACAAAGUUAUCAUGUGUCAAUAAAUGUAUAAAUUAUUCA